AUGCUCUCGCCCCUCCGCACCUCGACCGUCCGCACCCUCGCCGCCGUCCCUGCUUCCCGCCGCUACUUCUCGCUCGGAGCUGCGUGGGACCCGCUCCAGCGCGGCACUGGCGCUCUCCGCCCGAGGAAAGAGUUCUACCCGUCGCAGUGCGGCAAGAGCGGCGAGGAGGUCAAGCAGGGAGUGUGGUACUGGCGGCUCGCUACCUACGAGAUGGGCUACCUCUGGGCCUUCAUCGGCGUGAUCGGAGCCGUUGGCGUCGGCAUGGGCUACCACCACCACAGGGCUAACGGGCUCGACGGCCACCUCAAGCACUGA